AUGACUCAUACUAAUAAUAUAGCCUUGUAAACUUCGUAUGAUCAUUUUCUCAAUAUCGAUUUGGAUGAAAUGUUACCUGAAACCCCAUUAGGACCAUGGUUUAUUUAAAAAAAGAAGGAACCCAAACAUGUUAAGGAAAGUCCCUUAAAAGAAAGAAAGCAAUUUGUAAUCAAAAAGCAACAUCACAAACAUAUGUUGACUGAACCAGUCAAAUAUUAGGAUCAGAUAGAAGAAAUCUCGCAAUUCAAGCAACCUUCAGUAGAUUAAAUAAUCAAACAACACUUCACCAAUCACAAUCUCAAAAUUAAUAAGAGUUCAUAAGGCAUUAGAGAGAGACCAUCUACUAAUCUAAUACAAAAUACAACAAAAUAGUAAUUAACCAGGAAAAAAGAGGAAAGAGUAUCUUCGGUCAUACUAUUAACGCGUAAAAAGAACAUAGAUCUUUAAUUAGAUAAGUUUUUAAAACUAUACCAUAUAUAUAAAAUACCAUUAUUGAAUAAGUGUAACAUUACUGGUAAUGUAUGCAAGCUGCAAUCCAAAAAAAUAUGA